UCACCGGAAUUCAGACGCCACCAGCCAUUCUAUCCGGCAUUCGCGAAAACUUGCAAUAUUUUUUGUAUUGAGUUUGUUGCAUUUCAAUCCAAGAACCGAACGAAAUGGUUGAGUCCAACGGUGCCGAACUUACUGAACAUGAGGCCGAACUGUAUGAUCGGCAAAUUCGUUUGUGGGGUUUGGAUUCGCAGAAACGUGUCCGUUUGGCACGGAUUCUCAUCGCUGGUAUUAACGGACUGGGGGCAGAAAUAGCGAAAAACGUCAUACUAGCCGGAGUCAAAUCCGUCACCCUGUUGGACGACCGGAAGGUUACGGAGGAAGACUUCUGCUCCCAAUUUCUGGCCCCACAAUCGUCUGUAGGCACCAACCGAGCGGAAGCAUCCCUAACCCGUGCCCAGAAUCUGAAUCCAAUGGUCGAACUGAAAGCCGACACCGAACCGAUUGAAUCGAAAUCGGACGACUACUUUAAAGACUUUGAUGUCGUCUGUCUGAUUGGUGCGUCCACGGCACAGCAUCUGCGCGUGAACAACGUUUGCCGCGAGGCCAACGUAAAGUUUUUCGCUACGGACGUUUGGGGUAUGCACGGCUUCUGUUUCACCGAUCUGCAGAAGCACGAGUUCGCCGAGGAUGUAGCAAAAUAUGUGGUGGUAUCGAAACCCCACGAAAAACCCAAAUCCGAAACGGUGUACAGUACGGUAAAGUGUACGCUCGAAUUCCCACCCUAUCAGUCGUUGGUAGAUUUCGACUGUAAAAGCACAUCGUACGCCCGUCAGCUGAAGCGAAACGGACCAGCGCUGCCCGUACAGCGGGUGCUACAAAAAUUCCGCGACGAAGAACAACGCGAUCCAGCAUACGGAAAGCGCGAGGAGGAUUUGAAGAAGCUGUUCCAGCUGCGCGACUCUCUGGCCCCGGAGCUAAUACCGGACAAGUCUUUCGAUCACGUAUUUGCCCAGAUUUCGCCCGUCACUGCGAUCGUUGGAGGCGUUGUAGCUCACGAAAUCAUCAAGGUCGUAUCGCAGAAGGAAAGGCCACACCGUAACGUGUUCCUGUUUAAUCCGGACACUUGUUGCGGAUUCGUUGAUCUUGUUGGAGCGGACAAAUGAAGGAGUUUGGCAAAUGCUGGUAUGCUUCAUGUUGCAACGAGUUGUGCGUGAGGCGCGAAAUGAUUCCAGCGUGUGUGCACGAAAGUGAAAACAUAAUUCUUUAAGCAGGCAGUUUAAAUUUAUUUCUCUUAUACCCUGUACGAAAGCAAAUAUCAGCCCAACAGACUUUUUGAAAUUUGUGGAAAAAAUAAACUCACAUUAUUCUCUACCACA